AUGCCUUUCCUACAUGGUUUUCGACGGAUUAUUUAUGAGUAUCAGCCAUUGGUGGAUGCUAUCAUGAGUGUAGUGCAGCUUGAAGAGGAGAGUCGUCACGAGAGCAGGAGUCAAGAAGAUGAGAGACGUCUUUGCAGUUCUUUAGUUGAACUGCUGGAGCGAGAGUCCCACUCUGAAAUGUUUUUAGAAGGGAUCAGCUCUGCUCUGUUUAAGGUGGCCGAGCGAGGACUGGUGCAGGCUGCUAAAGUCCUUCUGCGUUACAGAGCAGAUCUUCAUUUUGAGGACCCAGUGUCAUUCUACAAUCCACUGCAUAUAGCAGUUCUGAGGAACAGACCAAACAUGGUGAAAUUGCUUGUCGAGCACAAAGCUGACAUUGAAAAGAAACAUAGAAUCCAUGAGAGCAGCCCUUUAGAUCUUGCCAGCGAGGACUUGGACCGUCUGCCCUGCCUGCUUGCAUUGCUUGACCUGGGUGCCAAUGUGAAUGCAUGUGAUAAACAAGGAAAAUCCCCUUUGCUUCAUGCCUUGCAAAGCAGUGAUGGCCUGACUGUGAACAAUACAGAAAACAUCCAGCUUCUCCUUCAAAGAGGUGCUGAUGUCAAAGCUGUUACAAAAGAUGGUGAAACAGUUGAAUCUUCGUUGGUCUUUCUGGUCAAGGAGGCACUUGACGCCAGCCCUGAGGAUGCUGCUGAGAUUGGAAAGUUCUGCCUUAAAACUACGCGAUUACUGCUGGCCCAUGGUGUGGACCCCAGCAAUGAUGCGAAUGAUGGCGAGUCCUCGCUGACCCAAACAAGUCUGGAGCACUUUGACCUGCUCUUCCCCCUGGCGGUGCUCAUAAUCCAGAGUGGAGCAUCUUUAGUUUGUGCCCACAGUGACUCCUGCUGGCGAGCUUCCACAAUUAUUUUCCAGCGGCUUCAGUCAGCCCUGCGACAGUGCUCAGAUCCCAACUAUGCCUCCGAGCUCAUUCAGCAAGCCGAGUUGCUGCUGGACCUAGCCAGGGUAAACUACCCCACAGUGCAUUCAGGGCUGGGACCUCCUACAUUUGCGCAAGACCCUCACCCAUAUGCUCAAGAGCUACAAGAUCUAUACAACCGGGUCGUCGAACAUGAUACCUCCCCUCCUGCCCUCAGGUGUCUUUGCAGGGCAUUUAUAAGGAGACAACUCCAAAUUUGGCCACUGGAGGAGAGAAUCAACGCUUUGCCAUUACCAGACAGACUAAAGGGAUUCCUUCUUCCCGAGCGCAUGUAUAAGCCAAAGCCUGGUUGGGACUGCUUUAAGCCCCAGGAAAGUCAGCGCUGA